AUGUAUAAUGAAUUUAAACAAUAUGCUGUUGAAGAUGCUAAAACUGAUCAUCGAUAUGGUAUUGAAUGUCUAUUUCGAUUUUAUACAUAUGGUCUAGAAAAACAUUUUCGUCAACAUGUAUUUGAAGAUUUUCAACAAGAUACUCUUUGUGAUCAUGAAGCUGAUCAAUUGUAUGGUUUAGAAAACUUCUGGGCAUUUUUAAAAUAUUCUCGACAAAAACCAAAAAUUAAUUCAAAACUUGAAGAAAUUUUAAAAAAUUAUAAAAAUCUUGAAGACUUUCGUGUUGAUGGUGCAUCAUUUCCACGACAAUUUUUUUCAACAAAAUCAAGAAUUAUAACUGUUCCAGCACCCGAAGCAAUUACUGCUGCAGCAGCAAAGAACAGUGAAACAUCAAAUUCAUUAAAAAUCAGUGGUGAACAUUUUCCGACACGUAAUAAUCGUGAUCAAGCUCGACAAUCGAAUCGACGAACAAUAUCUGAACGUGUUUUAGGAAGAAUUGGUAUUGGUUUAGCUAUUGCUGGUGGUGUGAUUAAUUCUAUGCUUUAUAAUAUUAAUGGUGGUCAUCGAAAUGUUAUUUUUGAUCGCUUUCAAGGUGUUAAACUAGAUGUUAUUGAAGAAGGAACUCAUUUUAUGAUUUCAUGGCUUCAUAGACCAAUUAUAUUUGAUGUUCGUACACGACCACGAUCUGUUCCAUCAAUAACAGAAAUAAAAGAUUUACAAACAAUUAAUAUAACAUUACGUAUUCUUUAUCGAACAAGAGCUGAACUUUUACCAAAAAUUUUUACAAAUUUAGGUUUAGAUUAUGAAGAACGUGUGUUACCAUCAAUUACUAAUGAAAUUUUAAAAUCUGUUGUAAUGCAUUUAAGUUUUGAACCUGAAUUUACAAGCGCUGUUGAAUUAAAACAAGUUGCACAACAAGAUAUUGAAAAACAACGAUUUUCAGCUGAACAAAGUCGUCAAGCAAAUGUUAUUGCAGCAGAAGGUGUUGCUCGUACAGCUAAUUUGAUUGACAAAGCUUUAGAUGAAGCUGGUGAUGAUAAAUUUUCGAAUGUCUUUCAUUAUCUUGUCUUACUUUUGUUUUAA